ACAAGUCGGACUUUGCGGCUGUUUCGAGCGUCCCGUCGUCGUUUGCAGGUCGCGCGCGUGCCGCUUAUCGUUCAUCGCUCGUUAGUCGUACCGCCGACACGGCGCCGAGUCGUACGAUAACAUAUACACAUCACAACAAUUAUCAUAUUAUUUCUAUAACGACACCUCCUCCGUCAUGAAACAGCAGCGGUCCGCUCCGCAGUUGCCGGUGGCCGUCGUAGCGGCCGUCGUCGUCCUUCUGUCGGCCACAAGUGGCGGCCACGCCGGGCCCGCGGGACGUCGCGUGUACACCGCACCGCUGGACGACACGGGCCGGACGGCCGUCUACUGGACGGUCGACUACGGGUCGAGGUCGGUUAAGUUCGAAGCGCACUUCGCGGCCGGCGGCGGCCCGUUCGACUGGCUGGCGGUGGGCUUCUCGGACCGCGGCAACCACUCCGGAGCCGACUUCUGCGUCAUGUGGGUCGACUGGAAAGGGGCCACCGGCAUGUUGGACACGUGGACAGACGAUGCUGGAAGAAUUUCUGUAGAUGAGCGACAGGAUUGUGAAGAGUUCGAUGUUGCUAGAUUUCAUGGAGGAGGGACUGCUUUGACAUUUACUCGAAAAUUUGAUACAUGUGAUGACGACCGUGAUUAUUUAAUCCAGGAUGGUACCACUCACCUUGUAUGGAUGGUAGGUGGUGGCCCACUUUUUGCUGUAGAAGGGCUGUUGGUGUCGCAGGCCAGAGCAAAGGGCAUGCAAAGAGUUCAGUUGCUAAAACCAGAAACAUCGCCUGUCCGAUUGCCGGAUAAAGUGUCCAAAAUAGACGUGUUGGCGUCUAAGGUAAACGUUCCUGCGGAUGAGACGACGUAUUGGUGUCACGUGAUGAAGAUUCCUCUAGAUUUAUCGUUCAAACAUCAUAUCGUCAGGUUUGAGUCGGUUAUUGAAGAAAAUAGUCGAGGUGUAGUGCAUCACAUGGAGGUGUUCCAUUGCGAAUCCAGUGCCGGCAGUCAGAUACCACUGUACAGUGGGCCUUGUUUUUCGGAAAAACGGCCAUAUAAGACACAAGUUUGUAAGAAAGUGAUGGCCGCCUGGGCCAUGGGCGCUGCUCCAUUCGUGUAUCCCGAGGAAGCCGGUUUACCCAUAGGAGGUCCCGAUUUCAACAGCUAUAUCAUGUUGGAGGUGCACUACAACAAUCCCGGGUUAAGAAAAGGCAUGGUGGACAGUUCUGGCGUACGAUUGUACAUAACGCCAGAAGUGAGAAAAUAUGACGCCGGAGUGAUCGAACUGGGCUUAGAGUACACAGACAAAAUGGCCAUACCACCGAAAUUGGAGGAUUUCACGUUGAGCGGCUAUUGCAUUGCUGAAUGUACCGCAGUGAGCAUUCCUUCGGCUGGGAUUGAGAUCUUUGGUUCACAAUUGCACACUCACCUCACUGGCACCAUGAUCUACACGAAACACGUGCGGGACGGACAGGAACUACCGGAACUGAACAGGGAUAAUCAUUACAGCACUCAUUUCCAGGAAAUUCGUUUACUACAUAAACCUGUGCGAGUGCUUCCUGGGGAUGCAUUAAUAACUACGUGUCAUUACAACACCGAGAGCAGACAAAAUAUUACACUUGGCGGAUUCAGCAUUACCGACGAAAUGUGCGUCAACUACGUGUAUUACUAUCCAAAGAUAGAGUUAGAAGUGUGCAAGAGUUCAAUAAGCGACCAGAACCUCAAAAGCUAUUUCAAAUUUCUGAACGAGUGGGAGAGGCAGCGGACGUCGCCAGAGCGGGCGGUGAGCGCAAACUACAACGGGGCCGAGUGGACGCCGAUGCGGAGCCGAGUGCUGCACCAGGUGUACGAGCAGAGCACGCUGUCCAUGCAGUGCAACAGGAGCACAGGCGAGAGGUUCCCGGGUGACUGGGAGAACAGGCCGUCCACGAAAGUGCUGUACACGCUGCCGCCGCCGGCCAGGAGCUGCAGCAUGAGGGCCACUCCGUCCUCAUAAUAAUAUUUCGAUGUCGUGUAUCUCGCAUUACAUUUUAAUGUUAUAAUAAUCAUUACAAAUAACCAUAUAAGUAUAGGAACUCGAAAAACCCCCCUCUGCAGGCUGAACCCUCCUGGUUGGCGGCUCUUGCACCACAACUCAAACGAUUGGUGUGCAACCCUUCCAGCCCGAUUCACAUUUAAGUAGCUACGAACCGAAUAAUUUUUUACAUUUCGUUAUAAUAGGUACCCAUAUAAUAUUAUGUGAAAUAAACUUAAAAAUUAUUCUGCUUUUUUCGAUUAAAAUAAAAAAUACAUAGAUACCUAGAUAGGUAUUGUCAAUAGAAAAUAUACUUACCUAGGUUUAUUUAUAAAAAUGUAGCGUGACAUAAAAAUAAAAAUGAAAACUUAAUAACUACAAGAAACCAUUUUAGUUUUGAAAUCCCCAAAAUCAUCAAAGAUAGUUAUUAAGCAGGUAAUUAAUAAUUACAUUGUCUCUAACGUUAUUAUAAAUGGAGCACAUCGUAUGCUAUUGCCUAUUAUAUACCUCCACACGUCUCAUGACUUCACGCUUAUAUUAUAUUAUAAUUUAUAUUGUUACUAUAAACUAUCUCUUAAGUCUUAAUACUUGCCUCGUCUUAUAUAAUAUAGACGACACGAUAAUAUUAUUAAUACAUUGUAUAUUGGUACCUGUAACACUUCAUCACCAUCCCUUUGGCGCUAACAACGGACUUCUGCAAAAUAUACUUUAUGGAUGGUGCGCCCCAAGUGUAAUAUCAUAUAAGUACUUAUUUUACUUAUGGCUACACUUUCCCAUGGCAUUAUAUGAAUAUUUGAUAAAUUAAGAUAGCACGACGAAAUAUUAAGAUACCUAUAGGUACGUAUCCAAAUUAAAACUAAUCCUUUUUCAGAUUGCCAUCAUUUGUAGCACUCUAUAUUUUCGUUUUUCGUCACUUCAAAAAUUGUAGACAAUUUUGAAGUUUUUCUUAAGCCAUUCAAAUUUGAUAGUCAUUGAUAACCUACUGCUGUAUGUCAUGAAAUAUAGAAGGGGUUCUCGAAUUUUGACUGUGAUGCUAUGUAUUUAAAAACGCCAUCUUGGUGUUAAUAUGUCUUAACCUUAGGCCAGAAUAUGGGUAAUGAGCAAAGAAUUCGUUUUUGUGUUCUUCAAAUUGAAUAAAAACACUUAGUGUGCAUAUAAUAUUUCAAGUGAGGAACAUCAAACCCAAAGUUUCUAAAUACAAAAAAAAAAAAAAUAUACAACACCUUUCUCUACAAUUUAUUUACAUUUCAAAGAUUAUGUUUCGUGAUUAAAUUCACCGAUAAACGUAUUUGAUAAUAAUAACGUUUUAGUCAAUAUUCAAAUUAUAAAUCAUACAAUCGGGAGUAGUGAUUACUACAAUUUUGAAUGACCACGGUGAUUUACUUGUUCUGAUCUAGGUACGGUGC